CCACAGAGACUGGGAAUAAACCUACUUACUGGAGUGACAACAGGGGCUGUGCAGGAUUUAAGUCUCCUUCCUUUUUUUUCUUAUUUAUUCUAAUCUGCUGUCCUUUCCUUCCUCUCACAACCCCUCCUCCUCCUUUUUUUCCCCGGGGUUGCUGUUGCUACUGUCAGCAGGAGAAUAUUUUCAUUUCCCUUUCAGAGCAUUCUAGGAGCUGCUCCUGUGUCUCUCCAUUAUUCAUCUACCCUAAAACCUCACUGUAUGUAUUCAGAGAGGUUAGAGCUGAGAAGGACGUCAGAUAGGGAGACGACAUUUGCCCAGGUAGCAGCCUGUCUGACCUAUAACAUUGAAGGUGGGCAUCGAGGCAGACUGAUGCUUAUCCUGUUCUGAGGUGGGAACCACUGUCACACAUAGGCAGACCGUAGCUAUGUGGCUCAUUGCUGGGACUGCAAUAAGGCACUGCAGAGGAACCAAUCAAAACAGCGUGUACGAAUCAUGAAUUCUGGCAGGGAGAGAAACUACAAUAUGACAUACAGCACAGUACAGUACAUCUGAUUUAAAAGGUAAAGAGGGCAAGGCAGGGAAUACAGUAUGUACUGUGCUUCAGCAACACAAAUUCUAUACAGUAUGGAACAUGCAUGAUAAUACCCAUGCACAAAACAUUUACUAUUUUUUACUAAACAUUACUAUUUCAGUAACAUUACCAAGUCAGGUUUUAGCAACAUUAGUAAGUAUUUAAUGUAAUCUUAUCAUUAAAGAUAUGAGAUGAAUCUGUUUAUAUUUAUGUUCUCUUUGUUUACCUGUCUGUUCAGUUUACACCAGCAGUGGUGAGCACAUAAAGAGACCAUAAUUAUCACUGUUUCAGCUUCUCAUGCUCCUACUCCACAUCACUAAACACACAAAGGAGGGAACACAUACAGGCAGGAAAGACUGUGGGUUAUAAUGAUCAUAAACAGCCUUCCCCAAAAUGACACCCUGCCUGCCACAGUAGCAUUGCCACUUCAUAGAUCCAGUAUCUCUGGUCUGACCCUAAGCUCAGGAAACCGGAGAACCCAGACGAAACCCAUACGGACAAAGGGAGAAUGUCUGCACACAGACAGUAACCUGAGCUUAGGAUCCUACCUGGGACCCCGGAGCUCAGCGCACUGUGUGCUCUACCUUCUGGUUCUGCACCUUCAUUUGUGCUCCAGUUGCCCAUCCAUUUGUAUGUGCAGUUCCACUGAGGCAGACUGUGGUGGGCAUGACAUGAUUACAUUGCCUGCCCUAUCCCUGCUACCUUCAACUAUUCAGACCCUCCUCCUGCCCAACAACCACCUCACAUCCUUGUCUGCUUCAGCAUUUGCCAACCUCAGCUCACUGGUGAGACUUGACCUAUCCAACAACUACCUGGACAAUCUGCCAGCCCACGUGUUUGCUGAGCUGGCCAACCUGACUGACCUUAGUUUGAGGAACAACAGCCUAACAGCACUGGACCGUGACCUCCUGCAGGGCCUGGGGAGUCUUCAGCGGUUGGAUGUGUCACUGAAUGGCCUACGUGCUGUACCUCUUGGUCUGUUAGAACAUCAGCAUGGCCUCACCUGGCUCUCUCUGGCAGGGAACAGACUCCAGGCACUGGAUAGGGCUGCCUUUGAACCACUUGCGAACCUGCAGCACCUUGAGCUUGGCUCCAACCCAUGGGAAUGUGACUGCAAUUUGCGUGACUUCAAGAACUGGAUGGAGUGGCUCAUCUACCGAGGUGGCUACGUGGAUGCUGUGGAGUGUACCCUCCCCAAAGAUCUCAGAGGCCGUGACAUCCGGAGUGUUCCUGUAGAGAUGUUCAACUACUGCCUCCAAUCGGAUAACGAGAAUGGGGGUGGGACUGGAGGAACAAAAGGUGGCUCUAUGCCGUGUGCACGUGCAACCACUGCUCCAUUGCCUGAGAGCACUGUGGUACAGAGUGAGCCAGAGCCGGUGGAUUGUGCUAAGCAGCGUUACCGGCCUAUAAGUGUCCGUCGUGCCAUUGGCACUGUGGUGAUUGCUGGUGUUGUAUGUGGCAUUGUGUGCAUCAUGAUGGUUGCUGCAGCUGCUUAUGGAUGCAUCUAUGCUUCUCUUAUGGCCAAGUACCAGCGUGAGCUGAAGAAAAGGCAACCCCUGAUGGGGGAUGCUGAGGCUGAAGCUGACCCUGAGGAGAAACAGAUUUCAUCAGUCGCAUAGAAAUAAUAUAGAUUCUAUAUACAAUUAUGUGAUGACAAUGGUCUCUUUGCAUUCCUGCUUCCACACCUAGUUUUAAACGUGUGUGCACUGUUAUGUACCAUUUGGGUGUUUUAACAUAUAGUUAUUUUUAAAUAAACCAUACUCAGUCCUCUUAGUGGUCCUGAAAGGGAACUAGCUGCAAAUUACCUCAGUAUUUUGGUGUUCAAGUGGACUCAAUACAAGUGGACUCAAAAGUGGACUCAGUUUGUUGAGCUCGUUGAUGAGCUCUCACGCCACUUGUUCAGAUCACAACUUCUUAUUUUAUAUGAUGCAAUCAUUUAGUUGUGGAUG